AAAAACCCCACUCUUCCUCCUCCCCAACUUCGGCACCUGCGUCCCCUUCUCUUCCUCCUGCGGCGGAGGCGGCGGCGACGCACAAUCCGGCAUCGUCCUGGCCUUCUCAUUUGCCGCACGCAUAAUAUCCUCAUACCUCACCGGCGCCUGCUGCUGCCCCUGUCCCAGGUGCGACGCCGGGCGCUGACCACCGGGCCCAAGCUGAGACGGCGGGCGCUGCGAGAUAGGUCGCAAGUACGUCUGCGGCUGCAGGAGGGUAUUCGCGCGCUGUGAAAGCGGUGUUGGUUGAGGCGGCGUGUCAGCGCAGCGGACGCAGCGGGCGCUGUGGAUGGAAGUUGUGUCGCUUCCUCUCCUCCCCCUGAUCGACGCUGCGAUUUCCUCCUGCUGUAGCGCCGAGACAGGCGCCACGCUACCCCCACGCUUGCGCUCGCUCUCACGUUCCUCUUCCGGUUUCCACCCACUAAACCCCAGCCCUCCCAUACUGGGCCUCCUCCUCCCCUUCGCAGCAGCAGCAGCGGCUUCAGAGCCCUUGACGAGGCCGCGACGCACGUCGCCGAGGCGCUGUUUCAGGCCUGAGGUGGAGGUUGUGCUUAGUGCUGGGGACAAGGGGGUGGGGGAGGCGGACAACCUGGGGGAGGAGGCGGAGAAGGGGUCUGUUUCGAGGAAGGGGAGGGAGGGGAAGGAGACGGAGGGGAAGAGGGAGGCGAAGCGGGGGGCGGGGGCGGUGGAGAGGCGGAGGGGGGUUGGGCGGCGGGUUGAGGAUGAGGUGAAGGAGGAGGGGGGGAGGAAGGAGGAGCGCGAGGCGAGGGUGCUUGUUGUUGAGGCGCGGCGGGGGGCGGAGAGGGGGCGCGGUUGGGGGAUGAGGAUUAGAGUUGCCGGACCGACGGCGACGAGCUCGAUGGCGCGGGCGACGUCUGGGUGGCGGGAGUGGCGGGAGUGGGUUUGUGGCCCCUCUGAUUCGGGUUCCGGGUGUGCUGUCUUGACUGGGCCGCGCACUACGGCCUCAGCUAUGAAGGCGGGUUCGCAUUCGGCGUCCGAGUCGGAGGUUGACCCGUCGCUCUCGUCUUCGUCUUCUUCGGACGAGGCGGAGGAGAGGUAUGUGUCGUAUGGAUUUGAAGUUGAUAGCUCGGGUGUGCUCGCUGGACUAACCGGCGUGGUCGUGAGCGCAGGGCGGGGAGGCGGCGAGAGCGCCGUCAGCGCAGAGAGGUCUGUGAAUUCGAAGAGGCGGGAUGCGCGCAGGGAGGAGCGCGGGGGGAGGGCCGGGAGCAUAGUUGUUUGUGAGGUUGUGGUGGUGAGGGUGGACAUGGUGGUCGCUUUUGAGAGGGAGUCGGCGCCGGUCGUGCGCUCGGGGAAGGGGGGGGGUGUUGCGAGGAGGGGCAUUGUCGAGGUUGAGUGUGUGGUAUGGGCGAGGUUGGUGUUAUCUGGUAUAUGGUAUAUGGUAUAGGUUGUGGUGGGAAUAUCGAAUACAGGAUAUUCUCCGUAUGGCGGUGAACCCCCCAGCAGUUCGUCCUUUUUCUUCCUGGUGGCGAACACAAUGUUACUUCGUCCCGUCGAUCAGCGCAAACCCUGUCGUCGUCGCAGCAAGGGAUAUCAGUCGUCUUUCGGCGCCCCAAUUCUCUUCGCCAGAAACUUCUUUCUAUGCGCCGUUCGGUCGUAUCUACAGAUCAUCGACUCGCGCACACGACGCCAGGAGGGCCAGGUAUAUAAAUUCCCAACCCGUCUAGUCAGCAUAUCCCUCCAGCGCCAGGGUCAACACCCACAUCCACAAAAAUAUCCACCACACAGGCAGCACACGAACCACACUUAGUUUUCUCCGUACGGAGCACGCCGUAACCAAAGUAUGCACGCGCCCACGCACCCGACUGUCCCUGCGACAUCGAGCAAAGAAGCCGUAGUCGGUGCUGGUCAUAGCCAAAGGGAACGCGUGCGCAUGGGAGUGGUAGGGAGGCGACGGCGAGGGAUUGGCAGACGGGCGCUAGCAAGGCGCGUUUCAGGUAGAAGGACCCCUGGCGUGGCGUGUCGAUCAGAAGGUUCAGAGGCAAAGGAGUGCUAUAUGUACUGUCCUGUACGGAGUACGGGAUCUCAUGGGUCAAACAUGGAGAAGCAUCCCUUGACUGUUGGAGGUAUGUCGCCUGUAUUGUGUUGUUCUCAUUGUUAGUCUUAUACGCCGUCAGUCUGUAGUCCAUGUGCUGUAACGUACUGGACACCCAUAUCUACUCCGUACUCGUCGAUUGUGUUGGAUCAAGGAGAUGAAAGAUGAGAUGAGAUGAGAUGAGAUGAGAUGA